UGACGUUCAUCGAGUAUUUCCGUGCGCUCCCCUCUCCAGGAUUGACGCCGGAGCUUAACGAACUUCCUAGCAACACUCGCUCCGACGCAUGCUGGAGUCAGGUGAUGGCAUGGAUUCCCAGGUGUUAGAGGUUCCAUGCGAGAUGUAGGGCAGCCAGGAGCACCGCUCCUUGGUUCCCAACACGCCUCGCCGAUCUUGGAUCUAGUGCCUCGGCAGCUCUACGAUUGAUCGAAACCAAGGACACCCCUCCGGAGGAUCCAUACGCAACGCUGAGUUACUGCUGGGGCAGUUCCGCCGCCGUGAAGCUCAUGCGGAAUACGCGCGAUGUGCGGGCUAUGUUUCUCGACCAUCUACCAGAGUCAGCGCUUCCAAAAACGUUCCAAGACGCGAUUCACGUGUCGAGGAGGCUUGGGUUUCGCUACCUCUGGAUCGACUCUCUCUGUAUCAUCCAGGACUCGACUGAUGAUUUGGGCCCAAGAACGCUCAUUAAUGGGCCAAGUUUACGGAAACGGGUUAUUCAACAUCGCCGCAAGCUCCUCGUCAGACAACAGUGGUGGACUCUUCUUUGACAGAGAGCCCCGGACGGUACGACCCGCAGUCGUCACGACAGGCUGGCAAGACUGCCCUCCUUCGACUUACACGGUGCACAAAAGUUACUUGUGGAAGGACAGUGUCUUGGAUGCGGUACUCAACAAGCGAGGCUGGGUUCUUCAGGAACGCGUUUUAUUGCCCAGCAUGCUUCACUUCACCUCGGAUCAGUUGUUGGGACUGUCUAGAACUUGGGGCCUGUGAGACACUCCCCAAGGUUUCCGCUUCGGCCAGCAGAGCCGGGUGCUCGCCCUUCCAGCCACGGAGCAGGAAUUCCUUGACUGCGGCAGCAAGCUUCGGCCGAGGUGGCAGCAGCCCCCUCUCCCACAGUUCGACGGAUAUCGC